UAGACGCAAUGCCCGUCAGAUACCUAUUAUAUAAAUUAAUGAAAUUAUUCAAUUUAAACAAAUUAAGGCCAACAACACUCGUUUAAAAUGUUAUUUAUUACUAACUGUUACAGUUUAUAUUAUAGUUUCUAUGUGUUCGAAACACAUUAGCUAGCCAUCGAACUGAUUACGCACAUCAAAAACGACUUCGGAAUGGUGGACGUUUGGAAAUACAUCGUUAGGAUGAAGAUUCCCAGUCCAGUGAGCUACGUGAGCGCGAUACUUUUGAUAAUCUUUACAGCGGGCGUCUACAAGCAAUUAACGUUGACACAAAAGACGGCCAACAAUUGUGAGAUGACGUUCAUGUUCGAAUAUCCUCAUUUUGUUGAAAUCUCUGUGCCCAUGAACAGGGGAAAGUAUAAUUUGUACGCUUACACUGAAGGCCAAACAAUGGAGAAAAUAAAAUCUAUGAAGUUUUACGGUACACCGGUCAUUUUUAUACCCGGACACAGUGGAUCGUACAGACAAGUUCGGUCCAUUGCUUCAGUUAACAUUAGAAAGAUGUACCAUAUUCAAUCAAAUAUAAAAUUUGAUUUUUUUACUGUUGACUUGAAUGAAGAAUAUUCUGCCGUCUUUGGAGGUGUUCUAUUACAGCAAACUGCAUUUGUUUCCCAAUGUAUUGAUACAAUCAUAAAAACAUAUGAAUAUGACUACAAACCUACAUCAAUUAUACUUAUUGGACAUUCUAUGGGUGGUAUUAUAGCCAAAGGAUUGUUUAUUGAUCCUUCAUUUGAUACCAAUCUCGUUGAACUGAUCAUUACUUUGGCCACUCCCCAUAGACCUUUGUUUUUAGCUGAUCACUAUAUGGAUAGCUAUUAUGACCAAGUGGAAAAAAUUUGGGGUAACGGAUUAGACAAACCAAGGUCUUCAUUUUUGUCAAAUAUUUCGCUUUUAUCCAUUGGUGGUGGUCAUCGAGAUUUAAUGGUUUGGCCUUGCUUGACUUAUACCCCACAUGCAGACAUAAAUGCAUUAAGUUUAGCCAUACCUGGUGUCUGGACUUCUACUGACCAUCAGUGUAUAUUGUGGUGUAAAUCGUUGGUCAAAUCCAUUGUAAGAGUGCUAUUUGACUCUGCAGAAUCUGACUCGGACGAUACAAUUUACGAAUGGAGAAAAAAAGUUUCUUCUUAUCAUUUUGACAAAAGAAGUAAUGGAAAGUGGUUUCAUUCUAAUCUACAUCCUACAACUGUAAAAUUGAAUGAGCCUAACGUGAUUGAAUGGAAUGAAACAUAUAAGCUUCAAAGAUCAAUUUCAUUGGAAAAAGGAACAGCAAUGCCAAUCGUUAUACAUCUGCCAUUAUUUGAAAAAUCUUUUAACUAUGAAAUGACUGCUGAAGCUGUGAAUAUUGAAUACCACGAUUGGGUAUUUUCGUGUAAAACUGAUUAUCAUUCAAAAAAACACUGUUUAUUUGGUACAAAUUGGUCUUCUAAUAGUACUAUAUCGGUUUCGAAACAUAUGAAAAGAAGACAUAUUACAUUAAAUUUGCCUGAUGUUUACAAAUUAGGUCAUUCAAAUUUGGUUUUCAAAAUAAAAAAUACAAAAAAACCAACAGCAUUGAAUAUUGACUUGUAUGAAGCUAGUGAUAGAACUAAUCAAAUGUUGUGGAGAUUUUGGUACGGAGUUUUCAAUAGAUAUAUUUUGUGGAAUGUCAAUGUUUUUGAAACAAUACAAUACAAAACUAUCCUGCAUGGUUGGCCAGCUAGUAUAUGUAUGCAUUGUGUGUAUAAUGUGCACAUGAUACCCAUCAAAUGCUCAAAAAAACAUCAUCAUGCUGUUUCUAAAUUUAUAGUACCUUGGACACAAGGCAUUUUGCACGGUAUCACUAGCGACAGUUAUGUGGAACCAUUAAGAAUAUCUUUAGAAAACAUUCCUCUGUCAAAUGCAACAAAAGAUCCAUAUUUGCAGUUCAUAUUAGAUCCAAAAUGCAACUAUCAUAUUGAAUUAGAACUAUCUAUUAUGGACACAAUUGGAACAAUAGGAUUGAAAUAUGGAUUGACUUUUCCAUCAUACAUUGGUAUCAUAAUACUGUUAGUAUUGUCAAAUCAAUUUUCACAAUUAGCCAAUUCAACUAAAGAUGAUUGCUCAAUAUAUCAUAACUCCUUGCCAUCAAUUAUAAGAGUUUUUAAGACUUUGGCCAUUACAAUUUGUUUUUUGACUGUUAUGCAAAACCAGUGGCCUAACAUCAAUAAACCAAUUGGUGGCAUAGACUGGCUUGGACAUCCAUUAAAGACAAUGAUAUUUUCAUCAUUGCUAUAUUGCAUAACUAAUUCAUUCAUGUAUUUUGCUACUGUAGCAUUGUGGAUGAUGAUGUUGUUUUGGGGGAAGGCUAUAAAUGAACUAUUAGUUGGGUUUAUAAUGAAAACUUUGAAAAAAAAUGCUACAUUAUCUGACUGGAUACUAUAUGGAUUUGGAAAAUUACCAAUAGCUGUUUCUAUGAUAGCCAUUUUAAUUUCUUACAAUACAUGUGGUACUGUAGGACUUGUUAUUUCAGCAUUUUUCUAUUAUUUCUUGUUGUGUACAAUGGUUCAAGACUGCAUUGACCAGUUGAUUUAUUACCCAAUUAUAUUUUUUAAAGAGUAUUUUAUGAAAGGCGAAAAACCAGGUUUGAAUUUAUCACUGACAUCUAUCCACAUACAUUUUUCACUUUUUUUGUUGUGGUUACUAAUUUGUGGUUGUCAUCUGCCGUGCAGCAUUGAAUGGGCACGAAAUUACCAUCACAGCAAAUACUUAGAUCCAGAUCCAUCAUUGAUUACCUCGUUAAUAUUAAAUACAUGUGCGGGUAUUUUAUGGCAAAUGGAAAUCCCCAAACGUAAUUUGAAAUUCUACGCACAAUUAAGUAACCUUUGUAUAGCGGCUUCAAUAAUUUUGUUUUUGUUCUGUCAAACUGCAUUAUUUCGAAUAGCUCCAAUUUUGACAAUGGUUUUUGUAAUCAUCACUUUGCACCAGUGUUUUAGUUCUUGGAUAGGAGUACAAGACCUGAUUGAUAACCAAGUAAGUGGUGCUAAUGAUAAGACACCACAAAAAAAAGUGGAGUAAUUGAAAAAUUGUAAGUAUGUAAUAAUAUGAUAUAAUAUAUGUACAGUUGACAGGGGUGGACUAGUUAGGGUUUGCUGGUAUAUUAUAGCACACUAAACUGGUUCAGUGUUGACCAGUUGGCCAACGGUUAUUUGACAAUAUUAAACAAUGAUUUAUUACUAUUAGUUUAUCAUUGUAUGAUACUGGUCCACAUACCUCUCAUUACACCCUAUAGUUGAUUCUUUUAUUUAAUUGUGAACAACAUUUUUGUCAAUUUUUUUGUUUUAUUUGAUGUGGUACCUUGCUCAAACAAAUAACAACUAAGUGGUCAGUUUGAGUUACAUUGCAAUCUCAUUAAUUUAGAGUGUCAUUUAUAGUGUACUAUUUAUUUAUUGUGCAUCCAUAUUUUGUUUUUGCAUUAAAGUUGAUUAAUAAUUUUAUUUAAGAUGAAGAAGUGUUAUGAAUGCUAAAAUGUAAUCCAUCAUUUUUAUCUAGCUUGUGUGCCUAUAAAAAAAAUUUUGAUCCUUUUUUAAGGGCAUUGUUGAUUAUUUUUUUAAUGUAUUUCUGAUAGUUUUUAGAGCUUUUAUACAUGGGCCCUACUUAUCAUAUGUCUUAUCAUAGUUAAAUAUGCCAUUUUUCAUUUAAAAAUGUAUACAUUUAAAUAUAUUUUGUUUCUUUAACACCAACACUGUAGAAUACAAUAUCUAUAAUAGAACCAAGAUAUUGACUACACUAUAUAUUGAAAUUAUCGAUAUAAUUUAGACACUUCAUUUUGUAAAGCACAUAAACAAACAUCAAUUAGAUUCUUAGUUAAGCCGUAUGUAGAUAUAAUAUAAUGCAAAGUAUCAUUAUUUAAAAAUACCAAAAUUUGUUUUGUUUAAGAGGAUACAACAUUAAAGUCAGGUCUGUCUUCUAAAGAUCUGUUUAAUGUAUUGAGAGUACAAGGAAAACAGCUCUUUUUAAAUUAAAUUAUGUGUUCAUGCAGAUUAAGUUAAGGUAUCAUACCUCAAUAAAAAAAAUAGAACAAUUUUAACAAUCAUUUUUUAAAGAAUUUAUUUUAAAUGUUGAUUAUUAAUAAUUUUAUGAAAAUACUUGGAUGUAAUAAAAAAAAAAUUAAAAUUAAUAAAGGUUUUAAAUAAAAAAUAAAAUUGUUCUCAAUUAUUUUUAAUAUAGGUAUGCAACUCCCCAAUUAUAACGUCUAUAACUGUUUAAUUAUGAUUUAGAAAGUUUUGAAAAAUACAAUUAUUGACUGAAAUAAAGUUCACAGUUAAAAGAAUCUCUGUGUAUAACAAUUUAUAUGCCAAAAAAAUACCAUUUUGGCUAUAAAUAAUUUAAUAUAUGAGAAUAUAU